AUGCAGCCCGGCGGCUACAAAUUCUCGUCUGCACCGCGCUCUGUCGCUACAAAGCGCAGCAAGGGUUCCGUGAUCCCGUUCGAUAACGCAAAUGGCAGUACAGAGCGCGCGCAGAACAUAAUGUUCGACAAACGCGUGCAUCGCGGUAGUGCCUACGUGUUGCGGGAGGAGACACCAGAAAGUCCAGGACGAGGAGGUGGGGACCCCCGCAAAUUGUAUAAAGCCGCCACUCGGGCAGCACGCUACCCACAACAACAGCAACAAUAUCAGCAGCAGCGGUCAGUCACACCUCCGCCGGUCAGUAACAGAUUUCACAUGGAUGUGCAGACAGACAAUUACCUGGAGGAGCUCGCUGACAAAAUCCCGGAGGUAGACAUGGACACGCAAACUGAUGCGCUUCUGGAUCUACACCCGCCCAUAACCGUCAUGCCGACACCCUCGGGGGUAGAUGUAGCCACACAGAUUGGGAGCGGUGACCUGUUCGACUUUGACCUUGAGGUUGAACCAAUCGUGGAGGUUCUAGUAGGCAAAGUCCUGGAGCUCGGGGUGCUGGAGUUUUUGGAAGAGAAUGAGCUGCGAGAGAUCCGCCAGCGCCAGAAGCUAUUCGAGCAAGCCCGUAACGCUGAGCUGGCCGAGGUGCAGCGUCUCGAAGCAGAAGCAAAGCGCCGUUUCGCAGAGAAGCAGCAUCGCCUGGAUGAAGAGGCUACACGUCUCGCAGCAGAGGCAGAGUUGAAAGAGAAAGUGGCAGCUCGUGCGUCUGCUAAGCAGUAUUUGGCUACUCUCCAUGUUCAAGUAUUCGACACGCUCGUGGAGAGUGGUCACUUCUUGGACCCACUAUUAAAAGACGUAAAGCACAAUUUCGUACCAGGGUUGCUUGAAGGCGCUGCUGCUCACGCGCAUCAGCUCGAUGCUGGCCGGAAAAUGCUAGAUGCCAUCCUAGUUGAUGCUCUUCGCUCGCCAGCCGCAGGUGGAUAG